AUGGGUGAUCGAGUCGAGUUCUACUUGGGCUCUAUGUGGUCUCUACGCCCCCAAGGCGUAGACCGCGUCCUGGACGAGCUCGAAGCGGGAAAUAUACCCGGUGCAGGUUACAUCUACGAUGAUGAAUCCGGCUGGUUCAGGGUCACCUGCCUGGAGAGCCAAAUGGCCAAAGUCCAGGCCAUCUUCCGAGAGUGCAUGCUCGCCAUCGAGAGGGACGUUGACGUCAAUGACAUUAUCCAGCUGGAUGGUACCGUCGUCGAGACUCUCGACGAGAACAACGAGUGGAUCAGGGCUCUCAAGCGCAACUUGAUGCCGCGCAGCCAGGGCCCUGUUGACUACAAUGACAACCGAGUACCAGAGGCCUUCAAACAGUUCCAGGUCACGGCCUCGUGGAACAGAUUGUACAAGGAGACGGAGAAGGUGACACUCGCAGUGCUUCUCUGCGGCACUGAGGCCAAGGUCUUUCAGGAGGAAUCUGGCGUGAUGGUCAGGUCGGAUGUGUCGGGUAAAAUGGUCUUCCUGGGCGGCGACUCGCGAGCCAGGGUGGACGAGGCUGUCGCAAAGCUCGAUCUUUUGUUUUCUCAACUGGCAAGUUGUCCUAGCUAUACUGUGCCCUUCCCACCCACAAAGCACUAUCUAUACGCAGAGUCCUCGAAGGACUAUCGCGUCGAUGCACGAUAUGCAGCUCUUAUCAACCCCAAGCUGAUUGACUGUACCGUGUUCGACUCGUCGACGCUAAGACUCGGUGAACUGUACAAAACCCUGUGCCGCACUGGAACUUGCCUCCGCAUCUGCGAGGCGAUCCCCUUUAUGGAGAGCCGGUCUUCUCUUUUCGGACCGAGAGCUGAUGCGGUCUUUGACACCAGCCAGGCGACCCGCCAGAACCAGUGGUUCCGCACCCAUACAUACCCGGCGAAGGUUGCGGUCAUCCGGAACGACCAUCUCGGCGUUAGCCAAAAGGCUGAAAUUGAGACAUGGGUCGAGGGUGUCAUGGAUGGCGAGCCGACGGCCGACACGAUGGCAGAGGGCCCCGAUGGCACCUUGGCUCAACAGUCAGGAACACCCUCCAGGGCGAACAGUGUCUUGGGCUCUCAACAAAAGGAAGAUGGAAAUGUUGCCGAAACUAUCUUCAAGACUCAACCAGCUCGCGAUGAGCAGGAGCUUCGCCACAAGGCCAAUACCCGCAGCUCAACAACAGGCGGCAGUGCGACGGCUCCCGCACAGGACCGACCCGCUGCAGCAUCACUGUUCGGUUCUCCGAAGACGCGCAGCACUCAGGACUCCAAUGUCUCAACCAUCACAUCGGGCAUGUCAGAUCUCUUGACUUUUGACACCCGCGAGAUCCUCUCGGCGGAGCCCGCCUCGGGCACAUCCCUUCGUGGUGGUGUGCCUACAUCGCGAUCCGAGCCUCCCGUCAACCAGUCCAAGGAGUCGAAUGAUCCUGAUGCAACCUUUGCCAACAACCUGACGCAAGGACUCCGAGACUUUGCUCAGUACUACCGGACCAUACGAGGACGGCUCGAGCUUCGCAUAGACCUCGGCCGCAUCAUCAUGACCUCCUUUGUUCCCAGCGGUCUGGCCUGGAACCGUCCCACGGAGUUUAGCAACGGCUGGCAUCCUGCCGAGCUUGUCACGCGGCUCAAUGGCGGCUGUGUAAGCGCGGCCAAUAUUACCUUCACCAAGAUCCUCUCGUCCUUUGGCAAUGACGCAGACUUCAUGGCCAACUUGAAGGACGAUGCGGGCCAGCCCAUGUGGGAGGUGGUCGAGACGCAGAUUGUGUACGAGUUCUCGUGCCGGUACACCCAUAGCUCCAAGUCUGGCCGGGAGAUUUCGAGCCAGUUGUUCAUCGUGGACAUCGACGGCACGGUGCCCGACCGCUUCACGUACGCGCUGCGACUGGUCAAGAACCGCCUCCCGCCGCUCUGGAUCCAUUGCCUCCAUCGCCACUGGGACGCGCAGGGCAUAGCGAGCUUUUCGCCGACGCUGAAGCUGGAGAGCUCCUACGGCCACUUUGCCAAGGCGCUGCUCGACUCGCUGUCGGUCCCGGAGGGCGUGCAGGGACGGCCCUCGUUCGAGAUCACGCCCGACAGCCGCCGCCUCGAGGACUCGGCCGGCGGCUUGCACCUCACUACCGUGAGCGGCGCGCGCGUCCGGCACGUGGCGAAGCUGCGCAGCCGCGACGGCCAGAGCUACCUCCGCCUCAGCCAGGUCGAGGAGAUGAAGCUGCAGGAGCUGCCUCGCCGCGAGGCUUCUCCUCGUCCUCCUCCUCCUCCCCCCGGCGGCGAGCGCGUCACACUGCGGGCCAUACCCCGGGAGGACGACCUCGAGAAGGGCAAGCUCAGCGUCUGGCACGAGGCGUCCAUCUCGUCGGUCCGCGGGGACGCCAUCCUGGCCGAGAACGAGACGCUGCCCGUCGGCGGCGAGCCGUCGUGGACGGCGGACACGCUGGACGAGCAAGGGGUCUGGCGGGCGCUGUACGGCCCGGCCCUCGCCAUGAUCAAGAAGAUGGACGGCGUGGGCGUGCUGGUCGACAACGGCCAGCGGGCCAAGUAUGUGCUGCCGCACGAGCAGCAGCCCGCCGGAGGAGGACUGCGCGCGCAGCGUGCGGCGCAGCAUGCGCACCAGCGCCGGGGCGCUUAUUGGUGA